UCAAACCGCUAGCCGGCACCGAAGAGUAAUACUCUUUCCAUUGCCAUAUCAAGGCCAUCUUAACCCAAUGAUGCAACUUGCCAAUAUUCUUUACUCUAAAGGCUUUAGUAUCACCAUUUUUCACACCAAUUUUAAUGCACCAAAAGCCUCAAAUUACCCAAACUUCACAUUCAAGUCCAUUCUUGACAACGACCCACACGACGAACGCUAUUGCAAUUUACCAUUACAUGGAAUGGGCGCGUUCUCUCGUAUUUUCUUGUUCAAUAAAGACGGUGCAAAUCCAUUACGCGAUCAACUGAAACUAGAACUCCUGGAGAAAAAUGAACCACCUGUAUCGUGUUUAAUCACUGACGCGGUUUGGUACUUCACACAAUCCGUCGCUGAUAGCCUUAACCUUCCACGCGUUGUUUUGAGGACGAGUAGCUUGUUUUGCUUUCUUGUUUAUGGUUCGAUAUCUCUUUUUGAUGAUCGUGGCUACUUCAAUCUUUCAGACAACACCCGUCUGGAUGAAGAAGUGGUGGAGUUUCCUGUGCUAAAAGUGAAAGACAUUAUAAAGAUGGGUGUUACUAAUAACAAGAAUGAUGACCUUGGAGAGGUGGUCAUUAAUAUGGUGAAACAAACAAUAGUAUCUUCAGGAAUCAUCUUUAACUCCUUCAAGGAACUCGAAGAACCAGAGGUCGAAACGGUUAACCAUGACAUUCGGGCACCAAGUUUCCUGUUGCCAUUCCCUAAACUUUUCUCAGCCUCAUCGAGCAGUUUACUAGAACAAGACCGAACUUUUUUUCCAUGGUUAAACAAACAAGCACCAAAAUCUGUAGUUUAUAUUAGUUUUGGUAGUGUGUCUCAAGUUGAGGAAAAAGAUUUCUUAGAAAUAGCUCAUGGGUUGGUUGAUAGCAAGCAGCCGUUUUUAUGGGUGGUUCGGCCUGGGUUUGUUUACGGUUCAAGCUGGAUUGAACCUCUGCCUGAUGGGCUUGUGAAUGAAAAGAUGGGCCGAAUUGUGAAAUGGGCUCCUCAGCAAGAAGUGCUAGCCCAUGAAGCAAUUGGUGCGUUUUGGACUCAUAGUGGAUGGAACUCGACCUUGGAAAGCAUAUGUGAAGGUGUUCCUAUGAUUUCUUCGCCGUUUUGGGGCGAUCAAGUGUUGGAUGCGAGAUAUAUGAGCGAUGUUUCCAAGGUGGGGUAGUAUUUAGAGAAUGGAUGGCAAAGACAAGAAAUAGCAAAUGCAAUAAGAAGAGUUAUUGUGGAUGAAGAAGGGGAACACAUUAGAAAGAAUGUAAGAGUUUUGAAACAAAAAGCAGAUGCUUCUUUGGUUAAGGGUGGGCAUUCGCAUGAAUCAUUGGAGUCUCUAAUAGCAUAUAUUUCUUCCUUUUAAAGUUGUAUCCGAAUAUUUGAUUUGGUAUGCAAUUCCUGUUCUUAAUUAGUUCUUGAUGACAACAACUUAAUAUAUACAAGAAUAUCUACAAAUUAAAGUUAA